ACGGCUACAACUCUGGCUUUCAAAAGCAAAACAGGAAACUCAUGAAGAAACUUUGAGGCUCAAGGGGUUAAAUGAAAUCCAACUCUCCUUUUCCUGUGCAGUAAGGAUUAGUAACCAAACAGAAGCUGGGGAGAGGAGAGUGUUGGAGCCACUGAUUAAGCUACAGAAGUGGGGAAGUGGACACACAGCUGGGCUACAGGGUGGCUUUAGUGCCUCUAAACCUUACACUCACCUUCAAACAAACUGAUGCAGAAGAGGACGAUGAAGAACUUGUUCCUCCUGCUCACGCUAACAAUGAUGCCACUUCCUGCAUCUUCAGCCCGCAAGGUGAAGCGGCAGAUUGAUUUCUGGGGAGGCUGGGGAGAAUGGAGCGAGUGCAGUCGGAGCUGUGGCGGGGGCAUCAGCUUUCGGCAACGGCGCUGCUACUCACAAAGGACAGAUGGUGGGUCUAACUGUAUUGGACCAACUCGAAACUAUCGCUUGUGCAAUAUUCAGAGCUGCCCUGAGGGCUCCAGGGACUUCCGAGCAGAGCAGUGUGCUGAGUUUGAUGGGACAGAAUUCCAAGGAAAGAGAUACAAGUGGCUGCCUUAUUAUGGAGCUCCCAAUAAAUGCGAGUUAAACUGUAUUCCCAAGGGAGAGAACUUCUACUACAGGCACAAGGAAGCAGUGGCUGAUGGGACGCCCUGUGAGCCAGGCAAACGGGAUGUCUGUGUCGAGGGAGUCUGCCAAGCUGUCGGCUGUGACAACAUGCUCAAUUCUGCCAAGAAGGAAGACAAGUGCCUGCAGUGUGGAGGGGAUGGCAGGGCCUGUUACGAAGUGAAGGGCACUUUUGAUGUGCUCAACCUCCCCAAAGGUUACAAUCAAAUCUUCAUCAUUCCCAUGGGAGCCACAAGCCUCCGCAUUAAGGAAGUUAUGCCCAGCAGGAACUUCCUGGCCAUCAAGAAUGUGCAGGGGGAAUACUAUCUGAAUGGGCACUGGACGAUUGACUUCAGCCGAGACCUGCACAUUGCUAGCACAGUUGUGCACUAUGAUAGAGGCUCGGAGGGGGACCUGGCCCCUGAGCAGCUUCACUCCAGGGGUCCCACCACGGAGCCCUUAGUCACUGAGCUCAUCAGCCAGGAGCCAAACCAGGGGGUGCAGUAUGAAUACUACCUGCCCUUGCAAGGGCACAGCUCGGGCUACAGCUGGAGCUAUGGCUCCUGGAGUGAUUGCAGCUCUGAGUGUGGCGGAGGUUACCAGUCACGCCUGAUGUUCUGCACCAUAGACAAUGAAGCCUAUCCAGACUAUAUGUGCAGGGACAAACCAAAGCCAGCCAAUAACCGGACAUGUGGUCUUCAAGCCUGUCCCCAGACAAAACGCUGGAAAACCGGGGAGUGGGGAGCCUGCUCAGCCACCUGCGGGGGAGGUACCCAAACGCGUUCCGUUUACUGCAUGUCAUACAAUGGACAAGCCUCCCAGGGGGUGGUGGACGAUGCCAAGUGCAUGGCCUUUGCGGAGCAGCCCCGCAGCACUCAGCCCUGCAACAUGCGACAGUGUGCAACGUGGAGCGCAGGGCCCUGGUCAGAGUGCUCAGCCAGCUGUGGAGAGGGUGUUCAGACCCGGACUGUCACCUGCAGAACCGAGUUGGGAUCUCAGACUCAAGACUUUGCCUGCCUGACAGAGCCUAAACCACUCCUCAGACAGCCCUGCAGCAAGGAGAAUUGCAUCCAGAAAAUUGGUUGGCACAUUGGAGUCUGGGGCCUGUGUUCGAAGAGCUGUGACUCAGGCAUCCGAAAACGCCAGGUCAUCUGUGCUGAUGGCGAUUCCAAAUUCUACCCCCCUGAGACGUGCAAGGCCAGCCAGCCGCAGACCCCAGCCGUGCUGGGAAGCUGCAACACUCAGCCCUGCUAUCUGCCGCAGCAGGUUCCCAGUAUGCAGGACACUACAGGCUAUGACAUCAGCCGAGAGUACUUGCUGACCCGCUACUACCCAGACAGUGGCACUGCAGUUUAUAGCAAUGAAAGAACAAUCCAAGGUAGCUCCACACACCAUCAGCUCCAGCCCAAUGAGGACCAUAGCUCUAACUUCUUGCCUCUUCGUUGGGAAUCCCACUCAAGCUCUUCAGGAUCCCGGCAGUUCAGCUCCCAUCAGGAUAUUGCCACAGGGACUGGCCCUUGGGACUGCAGCCAGAGCCCUCAUGGCUGCUGCUCAGAUGGCCGCACUCCGGCUUCUGGCCCUUUUGGGCAAGGCUGCCCCUUCAGCACAUGCCAUCAGAGCAGGUAUGGAUGUUGCCCUGAUGGAAUAUCAGCUGCCCAGGGCCCCAACAAUGUGGGUUGCACACAAUAUUACAGUGAUGUUUAUGUGAGCAGAAACAGGCCUGCUGCAGCCUCCCCAACGGCAAGCCAAGCUUUGUCCCAGCAGAACCCGUCUGAUGAGUGUCGAGGGUCUUUCUAUGGCUGCUGCUAUGACAACAUUGCUUCAGCUUCAGGACCUCAAGGGGAAGGAUGCCUCAAUAGACCCAGCCAACCUUAUCCUGUCAAGUGUCUGCUGCCCAGUGCCCAGGGCCCCUGCACAGACUGGACCACUCGCUGGUACUUUGUAACUGCUGUCGGCAAGUGCAACCGGUUCUGGUAUGGUGGUUGCCAUGGCAACACAAACAACUUUGCCUCAGAGGAGGAGUGCAUGAGGGCCUGCCAAGGCUCCAUUGGAACAAGCAGUGUGGGGCACCAGCACCACAGGGGGACUUCGCACAUCCACUCUGGCUCCCACCCACGAGAGGGAGAAGCCCAAGGACAGCCGCAGCCAUCUGCAAGAGGGACUGAGAGUCAUAGCCAAGGAGGAGGAACACGAGGGUCCUUCCAUGUUGUCCAACCUGGGCCUGAUAGCCAUACGGCAUGGCAGGGCACAGGGCUGCACCACAGGGAGAACGGCUGGAGCAGGACCAUGAAUGUGGAUAUACUGCCAGAGUCUUCACAGAGGAAUGGCACUUUGGUUAGCCAGCGCUGGGGCUCUCGUCACUCUUCAGCUCCUGGGGAAAGGAGGACAGACCAAUCAAGCCAGCUGCAUGGGAGGGGAGAAACAAUGGUGUCUGGGCACUCGGAGAGGCAGCUAACUGUCAAUGGGCAGGUGGUGCAGCAUGAACAUGAGCCGUGGCGGAGUUCCUCUGGAGCAGACACUCCGGGGGUGGAUGGACUUGGGCAUCGAACCUUGCCGGGUUCCACCUUGCAGCGAAGCUUGUACAGAGUCAUCCUGGAAGGAGCCGAGUCCUCUGUAGUGGAGGCAGCCUUGGGACAGACCAUUCAUCUUCUCUGCAAGGCAGGUUCUUCUCCCUUCCCCAGAAUUGAGUGGCAGAAAGAUGGGAAGCCACUAUCAUCUGACAGGCAUGCCUACCAGUCUGACAGUUCUUUGGUGAUCAGCCGUGUCAGGGCUGAGGAUGCUGGGAUGUACACAUGCAUAACUUCAAAUGGGAAGAUGGAGAGCCGACAGAUUCAGCUAAGGAUCAAAGAGGACCGUGGAUCUCCUCUGACAGAGGGUAUUAGAGGUCGGCUCCUUCAUGGUCUGAAUCACCAACACAGAGAUCUCACCAGAGGAGUUAAUACUGUACAGUCAUCUGGUUCCUCUGUACACCAGCCACUCAUGUACAGAUUAAUAAUGGAUAAGAAUGAGCCUUCGGUGGUGGAUGCCAACAUUGGGGAGCAAGUCAGACUGCCCUGCGGAGUAGAAGCCUCACCUGCUUUAACCAUCGAGUGGCAGAAGGACGGGCAGCCUGUCUCCUCUUCCAGGCACAGGCAGCAGUCUGAUGGUGCCCUGGUGAUCAGUCGCGUUGGCUCUGAAGAUGCUGGCUUCUUCACCUGCAUUGCUUCGAACGGCCAUGAGCAGGAUCAACGGCAGAUCCAACUUCGGACUCUAGGAGAGCUGAGGAUCUUGGGCCUGCUGCCAAGCCUCACUGUGUCGGUGGGAGAGAAUGCCCAGCUCCAGUGCAUGGUGACAGGCAACAAUGUGAACAUCAGAUGGUCAAGGAAUGGAGUUCCAAUGCGAGCGGAUGGUCACCACAUCCACCUGUCACAGGAUGGAAGCCUGAUUAUAAACAAUGCUCAGGCUGGUGAUGAGGGAUCUUACACAUGCAAUGCCUACAGGGGCAGCAACUCUGUCAGUGCCAGCACCAAGGUGAAAGUGAUUAAGAGCAGACCUGAAGCUGUGGACCUGACCACCCAGUGUGUUGACCAGCCACACCUUGCCAACUGUGAUCUGAUCAUACAGGCCCAGCUCUGCACUAAUGAGUAUUACUCCAGCUUCUGCUGUGCCAGCUGUUCUCAGUACCAACCCCAGGACAACCCUUCUCACCAACAGGGAUGAGAAUCAGCUCUAGCCCAGCUCCCAAGAGAUGGUGGCCUAGGAAGAUUACUGGACAGGAACAGGGACUUUGUCCUUUUUACUCCAAAAAACACAUUUUAGGAGCCUCACUCUGCUCAUCACUCAGGUGGGCUGUUUUGCCAAUAUAUGAAUGCUACUCAGUGCCAUUGUUCAGAGGCAGUAGAAGCUCCACUGUCCUAAACACAUCACAGCUCCUUUUUUUCACACAAACACCUGCCUUCAUUCACAGAAGAAAUGCUAAGAACCAAAGAAUCCUGUUACUUUAGAGAAGCUUAACAGGCAGCGUGAAAGAGAGGGAGACACACACUUCAUGCAAGCAAGAGAAAGCUUUCCUAAAAACAAAAUCUGUGAGCCACUUGGAGAAAGACAACCACCAUCCACUAAUACCCUGAACAGUGAGGCAGAAUGUUCCCAUCUAAAAGCCUGUGGGCACUGAAGGGCAACAGAACCUAUUGCAUGUAAACAUGGUGUUCUAAUCCCAUGACAGCCUCAGUGUUUCUUGAAGGCUAUUUCUUUCAUCCUAACACACUUCAAACACAACUCCAGACAGGUCAUUUCAGCAUCCACUGAAAUAUGGCAAGUUUUGGGAAGAAACAGAUAUUGCUUAACUGAUCACAGCAACAGGGGCAUUUCAGGUGGGCCAAGUCCCUGUGCUUUAACCAUUCCUGCUUUUCUAAUUCAUCCAGCACCAUGCUGGGGCUUAGCACAAAGACUGCUUUCUGCCAACUGACUCACCAGUGUUUUAGAGCUCUGUCCUCGCUUAACUGCCACAAGACUACAUGUCCUUUAGGACCCCACCCUCUCAGAGCAGUGGAGGUAGUCAUUCCAGCAGGGUGGUACUACAGGUAAGGAAUUCCACAUGCAGUGUAAAUAGAACAGAAGCAUUCAGCAUUCUGUGACCAACAAAGGGUGGCACCAUCAAAUGUAUACACAGGACUGUGAAAGAAAACUGCAGUGCCUUGCUCAAGCCAAGACACGGUAACAUCCCCAAACAAUUAUUGCCUCCUACACUAGUGUAUUAUGUAUAAAGCUUCCUCUAGAGAGAACUACUGACAUAUGGAGCACCAUCUCCUUGUUCCAACAUGCCUGCUGUAGCCUGAGUGAGUUGGUCAGCUACACCCCUACGCUACAUUUCAGCAUGUGUAGAGGCCUAACCUACUCAGUGUUAUUCAACCUUUGGUAUUUCCCUCUUUGAUUCUAGGCUGGGCCCUGAAGCACUGCUUUUCCCUCCCAGCCAGCUGCCCCCACAUGGUGUUGCCAAGUCCAUUUUACUAGCGUAAAACUGGAUUUUGGUCAGUUCAUGUGGGUUGUAGUGAAUGUGUGCUGGGUACAUGCUGAGGUCUAAACUAGUCAACAAACCUAAUAAUCUGCUAGGAAAGUCUCUAUUUUCUACUCUAACAAGGUUGAGCAAAUUUUUACUGUAGCGUAUCCCAUCACCUUUUCUCCUCCCAUGCAGGGUACUAAGCAAAAUUAGCCAUCCUUUCCUGUAACAGACUUUCUUUGCUCCUAUAUAAGGCAGCAUUAAAGUCUGCAUUCUCUUCCUAGCCUUGUUGUGACAUUAAGCAAAUCCUAACCCUUCUCUGCCUCAGUUUCUCCAUUAGUGAAUAGGGACACCACCUGCCACACAGGAGUGUUAAGCACUUUUCUGGUUGGCAGUCACCAUGUGGAGAAAUAUAAAUUAGUGAAAUUCAAUUCCUAAAUCUCUCAAUAUUAAGAUUCCUCUCAGGGGGCUGUGCAUGUUCUCUACAGAGCACCAGCAGCAGGAGAACACCACUAGAGGCUAGCCCUGCCCCCUUCUGAUUUACCAUUGCAAUGCCCUGAAGCAAGCAUAUAGAGAGAAGCGAACGAAACACAGUUAGAACUUUAUCCGAAACUGAGUGGUCACCACACUUCCCCCAGGCUGAGCUGAAGACGAUUUACCAGUGUAACAAUUUCUACAGUAUAAUGUUUAAAACAUGUUAGCAAGAGUCAACCUUUGGUUAAGUUAUACAAUUAUGUAGCACUCAUGUAAAUAGUCAGCUCCUGCAGCACAGGAUUGGUAAUAAGUUCCACUUGAAGUAAAGGCCUUUUUUUGGUUAAAGCAGCUGAUGUCACCAUCUAGUUUUGAUGAAGUGGAGUUAGUUACAUUAAGUUGCUCAUACUCUCUCUUCACUGUAGAAAGAUGGAUGAUGGCCAGUUUCAGUAUAGAUAUUUUGAAGCAGCUGUCCAGGUAUUUGAUUUUUCAAAUGGAUUCCUAAAUAGACCCGUUACUUCACACUGUUUUAAAAAGACAUACAACCACCUUACAAACUGAAUGAAGCUGUCCUUUCCCCUACCGAUUUUAUUCUCUGAGAUUUUGCUGAAGCUUUAAUUGUAUAGUAACCAAACUAGCAGAUUGUUUACUUUUUUGGGCUGUCUCUAAAUAUCAUGAAGUAAAAUAUGUUCACUGUUCAGGGAAGAAUGUUAGUGGACUGCAGGAAGAUCAUAUUCUGCUUGGACUGACAUCAAAUGGUAGGUGUAGCUGUAUCAGACAAAUCUGAAUGUUGUAUUCCCCUUGACUGGCUAUCUACAAGAGGAAUGAAAAGUGACAUUUAUGGUAGCAUUUGUAUUUGAUGUUGCAGAAAAAGUGGUCACGCUGUAUUUGAGAAAUGGUAUGUUCAUGGUAUUAGACAACACAAGGGGCAGAGUUAAUGUUGCAUGGCCAAUCUUAAACUCAGCAUUGCCUGACUUGAGUGCUUAGCCAUGCAACUUUAAAAUAACACAAUAAACGGAUUUUUUUUUUUAAAAAAAGGUAGCACUUGCUAAGUCUUGAGGAACAUGGCCUAGGGUGCGUCUUACCCCAUGGACACACAUCAGGUUCUAGCAGUCACAGAAAGUACCAAUUUAUUUCAAUGGAAAAAUAAAAGCACAAGUUCCCUUUA